UGAAUAUGAGCUUUUGGAAAUCACAGGAUCUGCUGCUUCUAAAUGCAAUACCAGAAGGUUUUUUCAGAUCUUUCUGCAUUUUGUCAGCAAUCUUUCUACCACUGCAAUGGGUUUCCUCUCUGUGGUGGUACGUUGGAUCCCAGUUUUGAGGAAGUACGUGGAAAGUACUUGCCAGAAGAAGGCAAUCUUCAGUAAGCGAGAAAGGCUUCCAUGUAUUGCACCACUAGUAACCACGGUGGAGGAGACGCCACAGAUCGUCUCUGCUCGAGUCCGAGGACAUUUUCCUCAGUGGCUCAGAGGCUAUCUGCUUCGAGUUGGGCCUGGGAAAUUCGAAUUUGGGAAGGAUAAGUACAAUCACUGGUUUGAUGGGAUGGCUUUGCUUCACCAGUUCAGGAUGGAGAAGGGCACAGUGACGUAUAGAAGCAUAUUCCUACAGAGUGAUACUUAUAAGGCCAAUAAUGUUCAUGAUCGAAUUGUGAUCUCAGAAUUUGGCACACUGGCACUCCCUGACCCCUGCAAGAAUGUUUUUGAACGUUUCUUAUCAAAGUUUGAGCUGCCCGCAAUAACUGACAACACCAAUGUCAACUAUGUGCAGUACAAGGGUGACUACUACCUUAGUACUGAGACCAACUUUAUGAACAAAGUGGACAUUGAAACUCUGGAAAAAACAGAAAAGGUAGACUGGAGGAAAUUCAUUGCUGUGAAUGGAGCAACUGCACAUCCUCACUAUGACCCUGAUGGAACAGCGUACAACAUGGGGAACUCCUAUGGGCCACAUGGUUCUCGCUAUAAUGUCAUUCGGGUUCCUCCAGAGAAGGGUGAUCUUAGGGAGACAAUCCACGGAGCCCAGGUGAUAUGUUCUAUCGCUUCUGCGGAGGGCAUGAGACCUUCUUACUAUCAUAGCUUCGGAAUGACAAGGAACUACAUAAUCUUCAUUGAACAGCCUCUAAAGAUGAAUCUGUGGAAAGUUGUCACUUCUAAAAUUAGGGGAAAGGCCAUUGCGGACGGCAUAAGCUGGGAACCCCAGUAUAAUACACGGUUUCACGUGGUGGAUAAGCACACGGGACAGCUUCUUCAAGGGAUGUACUAUAGUAAACCUUUUAUUACUUUUCAUCAAAUCAAUGCCUUUGAAGACCAGGGCUGCAUUGUAAUUGAUUUGUGCUGUCAGGAUGAUGGAAGAAGCCUAGAAGUUUACUGGCUACAGAAUCUCAGGAAAGCUGGGGAAGGGCUUGAUCAGGUCUAUAAUUCCAUAGGCAGAUCUUUCCCUCGAAGGUUUGUUUUGCCCUUGCAUGUCAGUUUGUAUGACCCUGAGGGAGAGAACCUCAGCCCAUUGUCCUAUUCUUCAGCCAGUGCUGUGAAACAAGCUGAUGGAAAGAUUUGGUGCUCCUAUGAAAAUCUACAUCCCGAAGGGCUAGAGGAUGAAGGAGGAAUUGAAUUUCCCCAGAUUAACUAUGGCCAAUUCAGUGGCAAAAAGUAUCGUUUCUUCUAUGGCUGUGGCUUUCGGCAUCUGGUGGGGGAUUCUCUGAUCAAGGUUGACGUGGUAAACAAAACACUGAUGAUUUGGAGAGAAGAUGGCUUCUACCCCUCGGAACCUGUGUUUGUUCCGGCACCAGGAACCAGUGAAGAAGAUGGUGGGGUUAUUCUGUCUGUGGCGAUCACCCCCAAGCAGCCUGCCUGUUACCAUGGGCUCUAUGGGGCUCACAGAGGACAGGAAGCCAGCUACGUCAUGCUUGGAGGCUUUCUUCCAAAGCAGCUGUUUCUUUCCCCCGCUGUCCACAGACGCCACAGCAGUUGAACCCCCGACUGCCACCUUCCACCCCACCCCCAGCUCAGCCUUGGAAGGGUGUUGUUUUGAGGGACAGCACUAAAAUCAGCCAUCUUCUCAUCACCAGAAAUUAAAGAGUUGGUAGUUCUUCUUGGGCAACAGGUGGCACUAGAGGCCAUAUAAUCUCCACGCGGCUAAACCUUGACAGCCCAAAGCCUCCUGUGUCUGUCGUGUAAGCCACACUCUUGCCAAUGCCUUCGGGAUCCCUUCUUCCCUUUCCCUACGGUUGUACCUCCUCCCUCCACUAAACUCCAAACCCCGGCCAGGUAAACUUUCAGUGCUCCUUCUGCAUGUUGAAUGCUGCUGGGGAAGCCUCCAUGACAUGUGGUUUGGGACAACCCUAAACUGCCUGCAGAGCCAGUUUCUUCCCAGUUUUCCUCAGGAUUUACUGCAAACACCAUAAACCCUGUCCUCUGUAGUGAAGUGUUCCUGCAAGCACAAAAAUGCCAUGGGUAAGGGUUUACAUUGUGGCAACAAAGGGAGAGUUCUCAGUUUUGUGUCUGGGUUGAUGAAGCACAGAGCAAAAGCAGCAGGUACUAGAAUAGCAAGAUGUCCGAACAACUAAUAGAUGUGGAGGCUUCGAGGCUGAGGUUACAUAAUGGAACAUAAAUCCCCUGAUAUCUCACAGAGGUCUUCAAAAAGCAUUGUACUUCCCCCCCCCCCCCAACACACACAAGACAAGAAGGAUUGUUUUAGAUCUUAUCUCCAUCUAAAGGAUGGAAGAGACUCCUCCUGACAUCUGGGAAGUACACAGAUCUGAUAACAUCUUUCCUCUAUAAAUCUUUACUCCAUCCUAAUCACAGGGAGUAAAGUUCAAACAUAAAGGUUAUCAGUACAAUCAUAAUAUUUUGGGCCGAGGAUGCCUGAAUUCUGCCAUGGCUCUGUCAUCUAUAAUGUUCUUGAAGAAGACAAAAAGGGAUCAAUGAC